AUGGCGAGGAUGUUAGCGAUUUUGGGUGGUGUUUUGAUUUGGAUUGCAAGUGUAUAUGCGGAUUCAACUGCCUCACCAACUAAAGGCUUUACCGAAGUGGUUUUAAAUGCAACAAAUUUUAUUAUACAGAAGCCAUAUGACAAGGAGGAAUAUGAGCGCUACAGCUUCAUUGAUGGCGUCCAUUCCAUGUGGGUUUACAGCGAUGACAAACCCCAUAGUCCUGAGAGCAAGACCAGGCCCAGGACAGAAAUCCGCAUCCAGGGAUAUGACUAUACAAAUGGAGUGUGGCAGUUUGAGGGGGACAUGUAUGUACCGCGGGGAACGUCGGGAGUGUGCGUCAUGCAAGUUUUCGGCGCUGUCAAACAUGCCACGUCGUUAAUGCUUCUGGUUUCCAACGGAAAUCUUAGGCAUUACAAUGACCAAGUUGUGGCAUCUGAUAUUUAUGAUCGGUGGAUUCAUCUCAAUGGUAUCCACAAUACAGAUGAAGGGAAAGUGUUUGUGUUCGUGGAUGGGCAGGAGAAGGUAGUGGCUAAUGACGGAGGUCUUGCCAACCAUUAUUUUAAGUGUGGAGUUUAUGCUAAUAAUAACGCUUCAUCUUGCAUGGAGUCUCGUUGGAAAAAUAUCAGACUUUACAAAAGUGAUCUUGAACUCCAGUAUUAG